AAUAAAGGUCACAGUCAAUUUGAAUCAAGUCAUCAUAACUCAAGCAAACAAAACAUAGAGAUGAAGCUGCUGAAUUUUGUUUUAUAUACUCUUUGUUUUCUAUUUUUUAAUUUAUAUCUUCUAAAAUAUUCUUUAAGUUCCUCAGAAGCAGUUUCAAAGUCUGUUAGUUUUGACAAAAAUUUGAAUCAGCGUAUAAACUCUUCCUAUUCAGUCGAAGAACAUUUUAAGUUUCCGCUCCGAAACUUAAUUGAAAAGGGCGAAAAUGUAUCGGGAAAACGCCCCUUUUUUGUCGUGGUUAAUAUUCGAGAUCGUCAGAGAUGCGGAGGGUCUAUCAUUACUGCAUAUUGGGUUAUAACAGCAGCACACUGUGUGUUCCCAUUUAAACUGGAUCAGUUGUCUGUUUACUUGGGCGAUUUUUCCGUCAACGAUUCUCCGACGCGCAAGAUAGGAGUACGAGCCAAACGCGUGCACAGAAAAUAUGCAGAAAGUUACCCAAAAUUCGAGCCUUUCUACGACAUAGCACUACUCAAGCUGAAUGAGCCUGUAGGCGACCCACGAUUCGUAAUUCCAGUCUGUAACAAGAAACCCUCCUACGGAAGACUGCUCGGCAUGUGCGGAAUUGGAUUUGUCAAUCAAACUAAGAAAUUGUACCCGGAAACACUACAGGAGACGUUCUUGUUCGAGCAGCGACCGGGAUGGAUAAAAGCACAAUGCAGAGAGGAGUUCAUUUGCACAGACAACACUAUCAGAGACAGUGUCCCAUGUCAAGGUGACAGUGGUUCCCCGCUCUACCUAAUGGGACAUAGCUGGUGUGAGCCUCAGAGGGUACAGUGUCUGUAUGGGGUUGCGAGUCACAGACUGAAACGAUCAGUGGACCGCGAGAUGGAAAUUUACUUUAUGAGCAUACCAUUUUUCUAUAAGUGGAUUAAAAAUACAAUCGAGAACAGUUUUAAAAUAGUCAACUACCAAUAAGCAAUUUAGUACUUUCAAUAUUUUACCAGAUAAUCAUUGCGCUCAAUUUGGUGUAAUAAUUUCAUCCAGGCGCAGUAUGAGCUCUCAACCAAAAGUAUUUUUUUUGAA